AUGUCGGAUACCAAUCCUGAUUCUUCACGCUUCAAUGCUCUAAACAUCGAUGUCACUGAAUCCAUUCUCUCUCUCCUCCCAAUCCCAUCCCUCGUCCGUUUCUCUUCCGUCUCCAAACUAUGGCGAUCCAUCAUCAUCUCUCUUCCUCCUUCUCCUUCUUCCUCUUCUUCCCCAUGGCUCUUCCUCUUCGGUAUCCACAACACUUCCUCUUUCCACAACCAAUCCUUCGCCUUCGAUCCUCUCUCCGACUCUUGGCUCCGCCUUCCCUCCUCCUCUUUCCCCUCCGACCACCUCGUCGGAUCCGAUCGCUUCCUCUUCACCACCGCUCCUAAAUUCUCCUUCUCACCGAUCCUCAAUCCUCGUUGGCGUUUCACUUCCCCUGUUCGAUAUCCUCGGAUUAGCCCUCUUUUGGGCGUCUUCUCCACUCGCUCUGGCUCCUCUAAGCUCAUCCUCGUCGGUGGAGAUGAAUACAUCGGUCGAUUAGUCGACAUCGAGGAUCGAUUAGCCGUUCAGGUCUACGAUCCGGUUCUCGAUUCCUGGGAGCUUUGUCCGCCACUCCCUGCAGAUUUCCAAUCCGGUGAUCAACCUUUAACUUCUGCUUUGUUUAAUCGGAAAUUCUACGUUUUCGGUAUCAAUUCCUACUUUAUCUCUUCCUUUUGCUUGGAGACUUAUACAUGGAGCGAUGUUCAAACGCUUAGACCACCUGGGCUCUCUUUUGCUUUCCUUAAUUCAUGUGCUGGUAUGCUUGUUCUUGGUGGAAUGUGUGGAUUCUCUUUUAAUCUCUGGAAAAUCGAAGAAGGAUCGAUGGAAUUCAGCGAAAUCGCGAUAAUGCCUGAAGAUUUGUUGUUUGGAUUAGUUGAUAAUGAGGAUGAGGAAGAAGAUAGUAACAAGUUUAGGACCUUGAAAUGUGUUGGUUCAGGGAAUCUUAUCUAUGUGUUUAAUGAAGAUUGCCAUAAGAAUUAUCCAGCUUGUAUCUGUGAGAUUGAUGGAGAGAAAGGAAAAUGCAGAUGGAGAAGAGUGCCUCACUUGCCUUCUCCUGUCAACAAGUUUCAUAAACUUGUUAGUUUCUGUUCGACUGUAUCGAUUAGCGACGUUUUCCACUCCGAGGAAACUCAGAUUGGUUCGAUCCAUGCUUGA